AUGUUCAUUAACCGCUGAUUAUUCUCAACCAACCAUAAAGAUAUCGGCACCCUGUACUUGCUGUUUGGUGCCUGAGCUGGCAUAGUAGGGACAGCCCUAAGCCUGCUGAUUCGCGCCGAAUUAGGUCAACCUGGGACCCUGCUCGGAGAUGACCAAAUCUACAACGUAGUUGUAACCGCACACGCAUUUGUAAUAAUUUUCUUCAUAGUAAUGCCAAUCAUAAUUGGGGGAUUUGGCAACUGACUUGUCCCUCUAAUAAUUGGUGCUCCCGACAUAGCAUUCCCCCGAAUAAACAAUAUAAGCUUCUGACUCCUCCCUCCCUCUUUCCUACUACUUCUAGCAUCAUCUAUAGUUGAAGCUGGAGCAGGGACAGGUUGAACCGUAUACCCCCCUUUAGCAGGUAACCUAGCCCACGCAGGAGCCUCGGUAGAUCUAACCAUCUUCUCUCUGCACUUAGCAGGUGUCUCCUCAAUUCUAGGGGCUAUUAAUUUUAUUACAACAAUUAUCAAUAUAAAACCUCCUGCAAUAUCACAAUACCAAACCCCUUUAUUCGUGUGAUCCGUAAUAAUCACCGCCGUGCUAUUACUCCUUUCACUUCCUGUGCUAGCAGCUGGCAUUACAAUGCUACUAACAGAUCGAAACCUAAACACAACUUUCUUUGAUCCAGCGGGGGGAGGAGAUCCUAUUCUAUACCAACACUUAUUUUGAUUCUUCGGACACCCUGAAGUAUAUAUUCUCAUUUUACCCGGGUUCGGUAUAAUCUCCCACAUUGUAACCUACUACUCAGGAAAAAAGGAACCAUUCGGAUACAUAGGAAUAGUUUGAGCCAUAAUAUCAAUUGGGUUUCUGGGCUUUAUCGUAUGGGCCCAUCACAUAUUUACAGUUGGAAUAGACGUCGAUACACGAGCCUACUUCACAUCAGCCACUAUGAUUAUUGCCAUCCCAACUGGAGUAAAAGUCUUUAGCUGACUAGCAACACUUCACGGAGGUAAUAUCAAAUGAUCUCCCGCUAUAAUGUGAGCCCUAGGCUUCAUCUUUCUUUUUACAGUAGGAGGCUUGACCGGAAUUGUCCUAGCUAACUCUUCCCUCGACAUCGUUCUCCACGACACGUACUAUGUUGUAGCACACUUUCACUAUGUCCUAUCAAUAGGAGCUGUGUUCGCCAUUAUAGGAGGAUUUGUACAUUGAUUUCCACUGUUCUCAGGCUAUACCCUAAACGACACUUGAGCCAAAAUCCACUUCGCAAUCAUAUUCGUAGGUGUCAAUAUGACUUUCUUUCCACAACACUUCUUAGGACUGUCCGGUAUACCACGACGUUACUCCGAUUACCCAGAUGCAUACACAAUAUGAAAUACCAUUUCAUCAAUGGGCUCAUUUAUUUCUCUGACAGCGGUCAUACUGAUAGUCUUUAUUAUCUGAGAGGCAUUCGCAUCCAAACGAGAAGUCUCAACUGUAGAUCUAACCACAACAAACCUGGAAUGACUAAAUGGAUGCCCUCCACCAUAUCAUACAUUCGAAGAACCUACGUAUGUUAACCUAAAAUAA